AAUGGAAACUGUAUGUGACCAUAAACCCUAGUACCCUUCCUCUAUUUUCUUCUUCUCUCUUCCUCCUCUCUCUCUCUCUGUGUCUCUCGCCGGUGAGCAAAGAUGUCGAUUCCUUGUCUAGCAGAAGAGACAGCCAAAACGGUUCUGCGCCAGGUGGAGUUCUACUUUAGUGAUAGCAAUCUCCCCAUUGAUGAUUUCCUCAAGAAGACGGUCACAGAGAGUGAAGAUGGCUUGGUUAGCUUGGCCUUGAUUUGCUCAUUCAGUAAGAUGAGAGGAUAUUUGAAGCUCGGUGAUUCCAAAGGAGAUGAUAUUCCUGAAGACACCAUUAAAGCUGUUGCUGAUACUCUUCGAACCUCUUCUGCUCUCAAGAUUUCAGAGGAUGGGAAAAAGGUUGGUAGGAGUACUCAGCUGUUGAAGCUGGAAGACUUGAUUGAGCAGCUAAAUGCUAGAACAGUAGCUGCGUCACCUUUCUCCUAUGAUGUUAAGAGGGAAGACGUGGAAUCCUUUUUCAGUCAAUAUGGAAAGGUUAACAGUGUGAGGAUGCCUCGUCAUGUGGCAGAAUCGAGGGUAUUUUCUGGUGUUGCCUUGGUUGAGUUCCCUACAGAAGAGGAUGCCCAGAAUGUUAUGAAGCAAAAUUUGGUCUUUGCUGGUCAGGAGUUGGAGCUGAAACCAAAGAAUGAUUUUGAUGAUGAUAGGGAGAAGGAUGAAGUCAAGUUUGCUAAUUACCAAUCACAAAAAGGUUCUGCAAAGCAGAAGAAUGGUUCUGAUCACAAAACCAAUUCUGAUUAUGAGCCAGAUUAUCCCAAGGGUUUAAUCAUAUCAUUCACCCUCAAGCGUUCAGAUGAAGAGGGUACCACAGAACAAAAAGGUUCUGAGGAGCAAACCGAUAAGACAAUGGGAGAAAAUGAAUCAAAGCCAGCAGAUACUCCUGAUGCGGAUAAAGAAAACACUGACGAGGUUCAGGCCCAGGGAGCAGAUGAUGAAGAUGAUGAGAAAGAAGAAAAAGGUGCUCUAGCUACCCAUAAAGAUAAUAAGGAAGUUGUCUUACGGGAAGAUCUCAAGGCUGUUUUUGGAAAAUUUGGUGAUGUCAAGUUUGUGGAUUUCAAGAUGGGAUCUGAGACUGGUUACCUUAGGUUUGAUGAACCUGAAGCAUCCCAGAAAGCCCGUGCAGCAGCAGUAUUAGCCAAAGAAGGUGGACUGGCCGUGAAGAAUUUUAUUGCUGUCCUAGAACCUGUGACUGGCGAAGCUGAGAAAGAGUAUUGGACGCUCCUUCGCAGCAAAGAUCGGUUUGACAAGGGUGGCCGUGGAGGAAGGGGAGGAAGAAGAGGAGGGAGAUUCGGGCGUAAGAGGGGAUCAGAUUCCCCGGGUGGUCGCUGGAACAAAGCUCAGAAGGUCGAAGCAUGAGAGAGCUAGGUUUCUACUUGUUUCUUGUGUUAUUUAAUAUCUUUCUCUAGUUGCAACUUUAAUUUUUUUGUAUACCUGAGAGUCAAAACCGUAAACCCUACUUAUGACUCUUGUGAUGAUAUAACUAAUAGCAAAUUUUGGUUAAGUCAUAUGUUGGUUUUGUCUUUUGUUUUGAA